GGUUGCAAUUUUUUGGCCCAUUUUGGUCUGUGACCCGAACAAUCGGCCCGAAUUACGAACGACCUCUUUUAGCGCCAUCGUCCGCUACUUUUUGAACACCGAAAGCAUCCGAACUUCCCUCCUCCCGAUCAGGAAGAAUCUCUACUGAAAUCGAAGUCCUGAUUUCCGCCAUUUCACUCUGUGAACACUCUCGCCCCACCAGCUCACCAGUGAAAUGGAGGAAGAUCAAGAGCAGCCGCCGCCGCCGCCGCCACCGCCGCCGCUUCCGCCGCCUGGUGCGGAUGCUGCGGAGGAGACGACGGAGAAGAGCCCGCCGCCGUGUCCGGACACGGUCACCGUGCGCCGAAACCCUCACCGCCGAGCGAGGCCCACGCCGUCGGCGACCACCGCUCGCAGAUCGCCUGGCUCGCGAAGACCGGAGCUACCGGACGUCUCUUCGUUUCGACUGGACGAGAUUCUGUCCUCCGACGUUUCGGAGAAACCGCGGCCGAAUAUCUCGGAGUCCGAGUCGGAGAAUCUGAAGGUGUACCUCAGAAUCCGACCUCCCGGCGUCAGUAGUGCUCACGGGUCCAGAAGAAACCGCGAUAUGGUCGAGCCGGUUUCUAGGGCUCGGAACGUGUGGCCGUUGAAUCCGGUGAGGAAGAAGGACGCGAGAGAGAAGAGCGUGAGGAAGAAGCAGCAGCUGAGCAGCGAGAUCUGCAUCAGUGUGAACGAUGCCACCUCGGUGACGUUGAUGCCUCCGGUAGCUUUGCAGGAGUCGAAGAGGAUCAAAUCCGAGGUCUAUGGAGGUUUCUCUGGAGUCUUCUCGAUCGAUUCCACGCAGGAUGAAGUGUAUAAAAGCAUGGUGAAGCCUCUUGCGGAUGAUUUUUUGAGGGGUAAAAGUGGGAUGCUGGCUGCGCUGGGGCCUAGUGGCUCUGGCAAGACUCAUACAGUAUUUGGGACUCCUAAAGACCCAGGCAUGGUGCCACUUUUGUUGAGACAGAUUUUUGAGGAUUCUCAGGGAGGAACCAUUAAGUCCCAGAGGUCAUUCUUACUUUCAAUGUUUGAGAUAUGCUCAGAACGAGGCAAAGGGGAAAAGGCCUUUGAUUUGUCUAAUGGCUUUGAGCUUUCUAUGCAACAGUGGACUCUAAAAGGUCUCCAGGAGGUCAUCAUUACGGACUUAGAACAGGCAGAGUCCUUAAUAGCCUGUGGAAUGUUGAAGCGUGCCACUGCCAUGACGAACACAAAUAGUCAAUCAAGCCGAUCCCAAUGCCUGAUAAACAUCCGUAAUGUGUCUACAAAACAUGAUGGAGAAGAUCGAUCUAAUGCUGCCAUUAUGACAAUUGCUGACCUUGCUGGAGCUGAAAGAGAGAGGAGAACUGGAAAUCAGGGGACAAGAUUACUUGAAAGUAAUUUCAUCAAUAACACAUCCAUGGUUUUUGGUCUGUGCUUGAGAUCAUUGUUGGAGCACCAAAAAAACCCGAAGAAAGUGUUGCAGAAGCAUUACCAGAAUUCUUUGUUGACCAGAUACUUGCGAGAUUACUUCGAAGGCAAGAAGCGGAUGACUUUGGUAUUGACGGUUAAACCAGGAGAAGAUGACUACCUCGAUGCAUCAUAUCUUUUGCGGCAGGCUUCACCUUAUACGAAGAUUAAGUUUAACAAAGUGGAGGAAUCUUCCAAUCCAAUUGGUACUAAGAGACAUUAUCUGACAGCGCCUAGAGUUGAAGAGCCCAAGAGAAGGAAAUAUGGUGGCACUGAUGCUUCUGUGGUAGAAGACAGAAAAUGUAGUGGCAAGGCUUCUCUAUCAACUGAGGAAGAAGCCGGUGUAAAGCCAGAUGUCAUUAUCUCCACAUCCCAAAAUUUGGAUACCAUUCAAACUAGUGGGAGCGACAGGUAUAAUCGUAUCAUGCAGGGUUUUGCUAAAGCUCUGUGGAAAGUUCUGAAGAAGUAUAAUGAUAAACUGAAGGUAGCAGAUGGUGAAAUCCAGAGUCUCCAAGAAAAUCUUGAUCAAGAGAAGACGAGGUGCUCUGAGCUGGAAAAGGAACUAAUCAAUUUGAGGGCCAACUGUACGUGCACGAAGGAACAUGUCAUGGAGGCCACUUCAGUGGUUCUAAAUGUUGGUUUAGACUCUGCAGUAAAUGGUUCACCUUUACACUCAGCAGAAGUGGACAGACAUAAACCUGGCAACUCAAAUGAGGUUUGUAAAUCAGUGGUUCUGAAUGUUGGUUCAGACUCUGCAGCAAAUGGUUCAUAUUCACUCUCAGCAGAAGUGGACAGACAUAAACCUGGCAACUCCAAUCAGGUGGGAGGAGAAAACUUCAGUACAGUUUCUGAUGCAGUUGAUAUUGAUGAUGGUUUGCAAGAAUCUGAUGUUAAUGUGGCAGUACCUGCUUCUGAUGCUGCCAAUGCUUCACAAAUUUCUGUUCCAAAGUCCAGUCAGCUGAUUUAUCCGGAAGAAAGUUUUGGUGAGAAUGAGAAUGCAGGGAAACAUUUGAUGGACUUACUUUGUCUCAAAAUCAUGGAUGAUCUUUCUGAUGCAGAUUCAAAAGGUGCAGAUUUAUCUUCUCAGCCAGUUUUUAUGGUUAGGAAAAACAGCUGUUCGUCAGUGGAGCUUGAUCAGCUGCUAAGCGAAGAUGAUGAGAAAUCACUUGAUCAAUCAGCAUCAGUUGACAAAGAUUUAGAAUCUACUCAAGCAUGUAGCUUUGGCAGUUCGGAAGAAACUGAACCGGGGCUCAACUCUUCCUACAAAUGCCCAAGUCUGGAGAAGCCAAAAAGGAGACUAUUGCCUGCUUCGUCCAUACUGUUAAGAGAUAUGAGCGCUUUAGAUGUAGAGGAUGAGAUGGAAAAACCUAAGGGAAACAGAGGACAGAAGAAACUACCAGGAGAAGACAGAAAGAGAACUCAAGGGAGCACCACUUUACUACGGCUGCUGAAAAAGUAACCUCAUACAUAAGGUAGUCGAGUCACUUAGCAACUGGUGGUGUCAAUGUGUAUAGUUGGGGCGUUUUGUGAUUUACCCAUUUUUGCUUGAAAGUGAAGUCAUCUCACUGUGGAUGAUUCAUCAACACCAUGUGUACUUCGUUCUUGACAUGAUUGAUGGUGUCCUGGAACGUGCCUGAUUAUAGGCGGAAGAGUUGGCCACCCACUGGGAGCGAACUGAAAUAGCGGUGUCAUAGAUUUACAUAUGAAGUUCGGAGAUGUAUAUAAACAUGCAGGCUACACCUUUAUGAUAUAUACACCUAUGCUAAGUUUGGAAAAA